AUGGUCGCGAAGGGAGGACAGGCGCCUGCUGAUGGAUAUCAUCUGGCAGUUGAAGGUGGUGACGUUUCCGAAAGCGCUGGCUAUGCGCUGGCCAAGACCGAGCCAUCGUGCUUCAGCUGGUUUUGCCAAUGGGCCGGACUGACCGAUGUCGCCUCGAAGAAUGCGCUGAUCUUGUACACUUCUGGCACCACUGGACAGCCAAAGGGCGUUGUUCACACCUUCAAGAGUUUGACGGCGCAGAUGGUGUCCUUGAGUUCUGCUUGGAAGUGGUCCAACAAGGAUAGAACUCUGCACGUCCUGCCCUUGCAUCACAUCCAUGGAGUUCAAAACAUUUUGAAUUCCGCUCUCUUCAAUGGUGCCGCCGUAGAAGUGACCGCAUUUGAUGCCGACUUCUGCUUGAAGCGUCUCAUCUCAGGGGACAUUACCUGCUUCCAUGCGGUGCCCACGAUCUACGUGAAAUUCACGCAGUACUUGGAUACACUGAGUGCCAGUGCCAAAGCUGAAUUCUGUCCGGAUCAGCGUUGCAGAAUCAGCAUCAAAGACGAUCCUGGAGCAACAUCGUGGAUAGAUGGUGAGGGCCUGCGCAAUCCAUCCCUGAGGUACAUGGUCUCGGGCUCCGCGGCCCUGCCGGUGCCAACCAUGAAGUCCUGGGCAGAGAUCUCUGGACACGUCCUGCUGGAAAGGUAUGGAAUGACCGAGAUCGGCAUGGCAUUGAGCAACCGCAUCGAUGGCACCCGAUUUCCAGGGUGCGUGGGGUGGCCCUUGCCAGAUGUGGAGGUGAAGCAAGAUGAGGACGGUGGUAUCCUGGUGAAAGGUGGUCCUGUCUUCAAAGAGUAUUACAAGCGAGAGGAGGCCACUGCGAAGGAAUUCACCAGCGAUGGUUUUUUCAGGACUGGUGACAAUGCCCAGAAGGGUGGCACUGUGGAAGAGCUUCAGAAGCUGCAGGAUGAUGCACGGGAGGUUGAGACCUCCACUGGAAGGCCACGAUCAGAUACUCCGGCAGAGGCGGAUCCGGAGCUGGGUGCCAUCUAUCGCAUCAUGGGUCGGACUUCGGUGGACAUUAUCAAGAGCGGUGGUUACAAGAUCUCCGGCCUUGAAAUUGAGAGCGUUUUACUUCAACAUGAGAAGAUUCGCGAAUGUGCUGUGGUGGGCAAGCCAGACGAGACUUGGGGUGAAAAGGUGACGGCCGUUUGUGUGCUUGAGAGCGGUGCUCAGCUGACCAUCAAGGAGCUCAGAGAGUGGGGCAAAGAGCGAAUGGCAUCCUACAAGGCCGCGAAACCAGAUGGGCAAGUUGGAGAAGAAGAAGAUUUUGGAAAGGUACAAGAAAUGAGCUGCCGAACCUUGGCUUAUCAACAGCUGCACACCGAGACUCCGCCACAACGCUGGCAUGAAGCGAAUCGAAAGGUGUUGCAGAAGUUGAUGCGUAGCUCAGAAAGCUUCGGAGUCAUGUCGCUUCCAGAGGUGCCAUGGAAGGAGCACGUGAAAGCCAUGCGCGAGGCCUCGGCACCCCGAGUUUCCGUGGAGCACCUGCAUGGUGAAUUCUCCGCCAAGCUGCUGGACGCUGUGGAUCAGAUUAAACUCGCGAAGGAAGAGGCUCAAGAGGAGGCUCGGCAGGCCAAGGAGCGGCGCGCGCAAGAAGAGGAAGCCAUGAAGGCUUUGGAGAAGGAGCGAGAUGGCUCCGAGAGGAAGUCAGUCCUCACGGCAGACGUUCCGGCGCCUGAAGCUUCAGCAAGCAAGGUCCGAACUCGCAAGAAGAAGAAAAAGGAAGAUGUCAACGUUUUCCAAGACUUUGGGAAGGAGCAUGAUGAUGCUCCAAUCCAAGAGGUCAAGGUCAAUGGAAUGGUCUUCUACAAGUUGAACUAUGAACGCUACUGGCAGUCUGACAGAGACUUACAGCGCUGGGCCGAGUCCUUGCAGCACAACAUCCGCUAUGAGAAAUUGCUGUACAAGGUCAGAGAUCGCUGGCAUGAAGACCUUGUGGGUGACCGUUUGCAGCUCAAGAUCAGCCACAAUCCCUUAGUACGGUCGAGGAGCCAACGCUAUAGACCCACCUCUGUGUCCACUUCUUUGCAGCUCAAGGACUUGCAAAAACAGAUAGCUCCGAAGGAAAACAAGAAAAAGAAAAUGAUGACGGAACUGGCCAGCAAGUCGGAUGGUGGGCUUUUUGGAGCCAUCUUUGGAAGGGAUGAGGGUGCGCCAGCAAAGGAGGAAACUGAAGAGUUCAACGACUUUGGGCUUCGCGAGGUGGCAGACGAUGCUUCCGCUCCAAGGAGCGAGUCCGGCGACGUGCCCGAGAGGCAAGACACCUCAGCCUCCAGUCGAAGAAAGCUCUCGCAACUGGAGGACCAACAUGACUUCACGGGCGAGGAAGGAGCCACAGAUCCACCGGCUUCUCGAGGUCGAUCUCUUCAGAUGCCAACGACGAUGGCAUUGCUGCUCUUUCGCAAUGCCGAGCGACUGCAUGGCGGAGAGACCAUGUUCAUCAAGCGUUGGCCACCUGCGGGCGGACUCAAGGAAUUGCUUCAGUUGGCUGGCCAGGCUUGCAAACCAGUCGUGGCGCCUGCAAGGGCGCUUUACGAUGUGAACAUGAAGCCGCUGUUGUCGCUGGACGAGGUGCAACCGGGUGGCACAUACCUCGUGAAAGGACUGGAGGCGUUCGAUCCUCCGAAGCUGUUCUUCAACCACGAUCCGGUGGAGGCUCCACAGGUGCCCUCUCUCCGGAAUCUUAUCAAGGCCAAAGAAACCGUUGCGGGUGAACGUGAUGUCCUGGAUCAGUUCUCCCAGGUGCCUUCGUAUGCCUCCCAGCAGCUGCGCGCAUCGGUGGAGAAAGAAGCGUUGCCUACUGCGGAUUCACCGCCCUGGCUGUGGGAGACCUGGUCCAGAUAUGGCCCGCUGGUCUUUCCUCAAAAAGCGCGAGAAUGGCAGUUGAACGAUCCCUUGCAGCAAGCUCUGAGCUGGAGCUGCCAAGGACCUUCCCACAGACACUUCUACUGGCACGAAUGGUCACCCGUCUUGCAGACUCGAAUCCAUCACAAACGGAUCGAUCGCUUCGCAAGCACCGGAUCCUUUUGA